AUGGGUCGUUGUAAUCUUGUUGCUUGGACUGCUGUCACAGCAAUAGCGACCACCGCCGUUGUCGAGGCCCUUCAUUUUUAUUUUUCCAAGUCCAAAAGACCGGCUUUGGAGCCUACAACCAAAGAAGUCGCUUCCACGAUCUCAGAUUUCUCGGAAGAACUUAUUAGAGAGCAGCUGGCAAGAAACUAUGCUUUUCUUGGCGAAGAUGGUAUGCGCAAAGUUCGUGAGCAGUUUGUCGUCGUUGUUGGUGCUGGUGGAGUGGGAUCCAACUGUGUGACCGCCCUUGUUAGAUCUGGAGUAUCUAAAAUCAGCAUCAUUGACUUCGAUCAAGUCAGCUUGUCUUCCCUUAAUAGACACGCAGUCGCCACUGGAAGAGACGUAGGUACGCCAAAAGUGGACUGUCUGCGAAAGCAUCUGCUCCAGAUUGCGCCUUGGUGCGAAAUCGAGGCCAUCAACACCCUUUUCACCAUAGAGAGAGCUGGGUCCUUACUUUUGAAAGGUAACCCGUCCUACGUUGUUGAUUGCAUUGACAACAUCGAUACCAAGGUUGACUUGCUGUCCUUCUGCUACGAGAACAACGUGCCUGUGAUUUCUUCCAUGGGAGCCGCUUGCAAAAGCGACUCCACAAGAGUGAACAUCGCCGAUAUUUCGGCUUCUGACGAAGACCCUCUGGCACGUUCUGUUAGACGGAGACUGAAGAAAAAGGGAAUAAUCAAGGGCAUCCCGUGUGUCUUUUCGAGUGAGAAGCCAGACCCCCGUAAAGCGAGCCUGCUUCCUCUUCCCGAUGAGGAGUUUGAGAAAGGCCAUGUGGACGAGUUAAGUGCGUUGCAAAAUUUCAGGGUGCGGAUCCUACCGGUUUUGGGCACGAUGCCGGCCAUGUUUGGUCUGACUAUAGCAACAUACCUUGUAACCACCGUGUCUGGUUAUCCUGUGGAGCCAAUCGAGGGCAAAAACCGAAUCAAAGUCUAUGACGGCAUCUUGCAGAGCUUGGCAGGACAGCAGGCCAGACUUGGGCAGAAAGAUCAGCGCGUGCAAAUCGCAUUGAGUGAUGUUAAUUACAUUCUUGAAGAAGUUUUCCGCGGAAAGUCGCCUAUCAGUGGAUACUCGACAAGAUUGGCGCUUUCGAGAUGGAAAAGAGACGAGCCACUCUCGUUGCAGAACGUGGUGAUCAUGACGAAAGAGGAACAAAAAAUACACGAGGAUAGAGUUCUGCUGGGUGGCGAGAAGCUGGAGGACGUCUACCCCAAAGAAGUGCUCGACUUAGUGGCGAAGAGAUUCGAGGAAGAAAAAUACUACUCCAAGUUCCGUUGA